UUUCGCGGCGGCGGAGCUGGGGCAGCCCGGGCCGGGCACCUCCGUAGCGACAUGGCCCAGCGCGUCCUGGCUCUGGCUGCCGAGGAGGCUCCGCAGCGGCUCCAGGAGGCCCUGCAGAGCCUGGGGGAGAGCGAGCUGGGCCAUAUGGUGGCGAGGCAGGCUGUGAAGGGCAGGGAGACGGCAGCCUUGCUCAGAGCGAUCUUCAAAGGCUCCCCUUGCUCCCAGCCCAGCGGCGUGCUCAGGAGGCUCCAGGUUUACAAGCACUGCAUCCCACUGGUGGAAUCAGGGGACCUGCAUUUGAGCAAGGUGUCUGAAAUCAUGGGGCUGCUGAUGCUGGAGGCUCGCCAGCUGCCAGGCCAGGCCUUGGCAGAGCUUGCCACCCUCUUUGUUGACGUUAUUAAAAGUGGCAGCCUGUCCAACGGGAAAUCCUUGGAGCUGUUUUCCACUGUGCUCACUGCACUGGCCAACUCAAAGGAGAGCCUGGCUUAUGGGAAAGGUGAACUGAAUGGGGAAGAGUUGAAGAAACAGCUGAUAAACACUCUCUGCUCCAGCAAGUGGGACCCUCAGAACGUGAUACACCUUGCCAACAUGUUCAGGGAUGUUCCACUGUCAGGAGAGGAGCUGCAGUUUGUGAUGGAAAAGGUCCUUAGGAUGUUCUCCAAACUAGACCUGCAGGAGAUUCCCCCCCUGGUCUAUCAGCUGCUGCUGCUCUCUGCAAAGGGCAGUAAGAGGACUGUCCUGGAAGGAAUCAUCAGCUUUUUCAAUCACCUGGAUAAGAGACAAAAGGAAGAACAGAAGGCUCCACAAUCAGUGGACCUGGAGGUAUCCACAAUGCCCCUGGAGCAGCUGCGCCACGUGGAGGGCACUGUUCUCCUCCACAUUGUGUCUGUUAUCAACAUGGAGCAGGCCCUGGGCGAGGAACUGAUCAGACACCUCAAGAGCGAGCAGCAGAAGGACCCUGGCAGAGCUCUCUGCCCCUUCACUGUGGCUCUGCUUCUGUCGGUGGCAGUGAAACACAGACUGCAGGAGCAGAUAUUUGAUUUCUUGAAGACAUCAAUCACAAGGAGCUGCAAGGACCUGCAGUUUCUUCAGGCCUCCAAGUUUCUGCAGGAUUUGUUUCCUCACCAGCAUGAUGUCAGCUCUGUCGUUCUGGAAGUGGUGCAGAACAGUGCAUUUGGCUGGGACCAUGUCACUCAGGGCCUGGUGGAUCUUGGCUUCAGCCUCAUGGAAUCCUAUGAACCAAAAAAGCCUUUUGGAGGGAGAGCAGCUGAGAGCAGUUAUGGUCUUUCCAAAAUGCCAGCCCAGCAGGCUUGCAGACUGGGAGCAAGCAUCCUGCUGGAAACAUUUAAGGUUCAUGAGCCCAUCAGGAGUGAUAUUCUUGAGCAGGUCCUGAACAGAGUCCUCACAAAAGCAGCAGCAUCUCCUGUCAGCCAUUUCAUAGACCUGCUGUCCAGUAUUGUUGUGUCUGCCCCUCUUGUGCUUCAGUCUUCCUCCUCCAGAGUCACAGAGACCUUUGACAAUCUGUCCUUCCUGCCCAUCGAGACGGUGCAAGGUCUGCUACGGGCAGUGCAGCCUCUCCUCAAAGUCAGCAUGGCAGUGAGGGACUCCCUGAUCCUUGUUCUCCAGAAAGCUAUUUUUUCCAGGCAGCUGGAUGCCAGGAAAGCAGCUGUUGCUGGAUUUUUGCUUCUCUUAAGGAAUUUUAAGAUUCUGGGCAGCUUGUCCUCUUCCCAGUGCAGCCAGGCCAUUGGGGCCACUCAGGUGCAGGCAGAUGUUCAUACCUGCUAUAACUCUGCAGCUAAUGAGGCCUUCUGCCUUGAGAUCCUGGGCAGCCUGAGGUGCUGCCUGAGCCAGCAGGCGGACGUUCGGCUCAUGCUGUACGAGGGCUUCUAUGAUGUCCUGCGCAGGAACUCCCAGCUGGCCAGCUCCAUCAUGGAAACUCUCUUGGCCCAGAUAAAGCAGUAUUACUUGCCCCAGCCAGACCUGCUGCCUCCACUGAAACUUGAGGGAUGUAUCAUGGCUCAAGGAGAUCAAAUCUUUCUGCAAGAGCCACUGGCCCAUCUGCUCUGCUGUAUCCAACACUGCCUGGCCUGGUGUAAGAGCACUGCGCAUCUGUGCCGAGGAGCUGAGGAGGAGGACGAGGAGGAAGAGGAGGUGGAAUUUGAGCAAAACUUUGAAGAGAUGCUAGAAUCUGUCACAAGAAGAAUGAUCAAGAGUGAGCUGGAAGACUUUGAGCUGGAUAAAUCAGCAGACUUUUCUCUGUCUUCUGGCGUUGGGGUAAAGAAUAAUAUCUAUGCCCUCCAAGUGAUGGGGAUUUGUGAGGUCCUGAUUGAGUACAACUUCAACGUAGGGAAUUUCAGCAAGAACAAGUUUGAGGAUGUCCUGGGCCUGUUUGCAUGUUACAACAAACUUGCUGAAGUCCUGAAGGAGAAAGCUGGGAAGAACAAAUCGAGCUUGGGCAGCAGAACUGCACGGAGCUUCCUGUCCCUGGGCUUUGUGUCUACUCUGCUCACAGCUCUGUUCAGGGACAACGCCCAGAGCCACGAGGAGAGCCUGGCGGUGCUGCGCUCCAGCAGCGAGUUCCUGCGCUACGCCGUGGGCGUGGCGCUGCAGAAGGUGCAGCAGCUGGAGGACACGGGGCAGACUGAUGGCCCAGACGGACAGAACCCCGAGAAGGUCUUCCAGAACCUCUGCAGAAUCACAGGGGUUCUGCUCUGGAGGUACACUUCGAUUCCCAGCGUGGUUGAGGAGCCAGGGAAGAAGAAGGGCAAAAGCAUCUCCCUGCUGUGCCUGGAGGCUUUGCUGCGGAUCUUCAGCGCGGUGCAGCAGCUGUACCCUGCCAAGGUCCCCCAGUUCCUGCAGGCCCUGGAUACCAGUGAUGGUGAGGCAGAAGCAGCAGACAUUAAUGUCACCGAGAAAGCUGCCUUCCAGAUCCGACUGUUCCAGAGGUCUCUGGUAAACCAGUUCAGCACUGCUGAAGAUGACUUCAACCCCAAGGAAACACAGGCACUCAUCACAGUGCUCUCCACUUUGUCCAGGCUCCUGGAUCCAGCCUCUCAGCAGUUCCUUCAGUUCCUGACUUGGACAGUUAAAGUUUGCAAAGAAAAUACUCUUGAGGAUGUUGCUUGCUGCAAGGGUUUGCUGUCUCUGCUCUUCAGCCUCCACGUUCUCUACAAGAGCCCUGUCAGCCUGCUGCGUGACCUCGCGCAAGACAUCCACGCGUGCCUGGGAGACAUAGAUCAGGAUGUGGAAGUGGAGGGUCAGUCUCACUUCGCCAUAGUGACCGCCAAGACAGCAGCCCCCACUGUCUGUCUCCUGGUUUUGGGUCAGGCAGAUAAGGUGCUGGAGGAGGUGGACUGGCUCAUCAAGAAGCUCAGCAGUCUGGUGUCAGACACAUCAGAAGACUCUUCUCAGGCAUCCAACCAAACCCAGGCCCUGGAGAAGGCUGUCAUUCUGCAGCUGGGAACUCUGCUGACAGUUUACCACGAGCUGGUGCAGACAGCGCUGCCUGCGGGGAGCUGUGUGGACACGCUGCUGAGGAGCCUCAGCAAGACCUACGCAAUCCUCACCUCCCUCAUCAAACACUACAUCCAGGCUUGCCGCAGCACCUCCAGUACCAUUCCAGGGAGGCUGGAAAAGCUGGUGAAGCUCUCAGGUUCCCACCUGACCCCACAGUGUUACUCAUUCAUUACCUAUGUCCAGAACAUCCACAGCGAGAGCUUAAGCUUUGCAGAAGAAAAGAAAAAGAAGAAGAAAGAGGAUGAAGCUGCUGCAGUCUCCACAGUCAUGGCUAAGGUGCUUCGGGACACCAAGCCCAUCCCAAACCUGGUGUUUGCCAUAGAGCAGUAUGAGAAGUUCCUCAUCCACCUCUCCAAGAAGUCAAAGGUGAACCUGAUGCAGUACAUGAAGCUGAGCACCUCGCGGGACUUCCGCAUCAACGCGGCCGUGCUGGACAGCGCCAUGCAGGAGCACAGCGCCCGCGGCGCCGACACCGAGCCAGACAACGAGCAGAGCAGCACCGUGGAGCAGACAGAUGAGAACCAGGAGCCCAAAAAGAAGAGACGGCGAAAGACAUGAAGCUGAGGUUGCUGCUGCCUCCUCCCCCUGUGCUGGGGCAGACAGGCUUGGCCUUGGAGGACUGCAGCUGUGUUGGUUCUUUUGCCAGAUACUUCGGACUUCUUGCUUUGUCCCCAGGGGUGUGCAAAGCAGUGACUGGUCCCCUGGCUCAGGGCUUAGAGCAGGCUGCCUCCUUCAGCAGCACCUCUGCUACUCAAAUGUGCUGCUGGCAAAGGUUUCUUCCCCUGCCACAUCCCUCCUCGAAGCAAAAAGGGAACAGCCAGCCAGGAUCAGUGCCUGCCAAGAAGAGCCAGGCUGUGGCACACAACCUGGACGCUCGCAUUCUGGCACUGGUGUUGUCAGUUCUUCUCCAGUGAGCCUUUGGUUAUUUCAAUGAGCUGAUAGAUAUCCAAUGCCUCUCCUGGAAAACAAUGGCACCAUCAGUUCCCUGCCUGCUGCAGCACACUCAGACUGUAACACAGGAGGCCGAGGGUCACCAUUUGCUUUAGUUCAGAGCACACAGCACAAAAAAAGCUUUCUGCUUCAGGUGGUGGUGUGAGGGCAGCAACCAGCACAGAGGGAAGCUGGAGCCAUGAGCUGUGCUGCCUGCUCUUGGCAGCCCCUGGGAAGCAGGUGACAGCUUCCUUGGGGCCUCCAGGCCAGUUUUGCUGUUUAGAGUUGUGCGGACCCUGUGCACUUGUUAACCUUUCUGCCCACAAACACAAAUCCUGUUUCUUUAAGCACCCUUUGCCUGCAAGGUUCCUAAUAAAGGUUACCUAGGA